AGUAUCAUGGUGAUGGCUGGCUUUGUCAAAAACAUUUGGAAGUGGCCCUUUCCGUCUGGAGGCAGCCAACAGGUAAGCCAAAAUGGGCGCUUAUAAAUACAUCCAGGUACUAUGGGGGAAGAAGCAGUCCGAUGUGAUGCGCUUUCUUCUCAGGGCGCGCUGCUGGCAGUAUUGCCAGCUGUCGGCCCUCCACGGGGCACCCCACUCCACCCGGCCGGAUAAAGCUAGAAGACUGGGAUACAAAGCCAAGCAAGGUUAUGUCAUAUAUCGGAUACGUGUGCACCGUGGUGGCCUCAAACGUCCAGUUCCAAAGGGUGCAACCUAUGGCAUGCCUGUCCACCAUGGUGUAAAUCAGCUGAAGUUUGCUAGAAGCCUUCAAUCUGUUGCUGAAGAGCGAGCUGGACGCCACUGUGGAGCUCUGAGAGUCCUCAAUUCUUACUGUGUUGGUGAAGAUUCCACGUACAAAUUUUUUGAGGUUAUCCUCAGCGAUCCAUUCCAUAAGCUAUCAUUCCAAGAUCCAUUCCAAGCUAUCAGAAGAAACCCUGACACCCAAUGGAUCACUAAACCAGUCCACAAGCACAGGGAGAUGCAGGGGCUAACAUCUGCAGGCCACAAGAGCCGUGGCCUUGGAAAGGGCCACAAGUUUCACCACGCUAUUGGUGGUUCUCGCCGAGCAGCUUGGAGAAGGCGCAAUAUGUUCCAGCUCCACCGUUACCGCUAAUUAAGUAAUGUUUGCAAAAUUCUUACCUAAUAAACAAUUUAGGACAGUUAUGUCUGCUUAAAAGUGUUCUUUAAUUUGUUAAAACAAGUGUCUGCAGGUUGUUUCAUGAAUGCAUUGUCAAAUUAUGAAAGUUAAAGUGCAAUAAUGUUUGAAGGCUGUAAGUGAUAUAUCUUGUUUCUAAUAAGAUAAAUGCUUUGUCUUUGCUUUAUCUUAUUAGGGAGUUACAUGUCAGUGUUUAAAAUGCCAUUUGGUAUAAUAGGUGUAAAAUCCUGUAAAAAAAGAGUGCAGAAACUAGCACUAUAGCUUUCUUGGUGCAUGUGAUAAAACCUAUAACUUCAUUGGGGUAAUGUGAUGAUCUGGUUUUCUCAAGUGGUUGUUUUAGGAGUUGGUGAGAACAAAUUUAAGUUGGAUUUUACUUGAAACGUGAAUGUUAUCCUAAUCCUUUGUUGUGAUUGUAUGCAGAAAAAAAAUGAAAGUUAACUAGGGCCCACAUUUUUAGUCCAAUAUUCCAUUUUUAUAACUUGCUUCUGAAAAUCAGUAUAAAAGCUACUAUUUCUAGGAGAAUUGAAUAAACCUGUUACAAGACCUGUUCUUAUAAAUGAAAUAUCCUGGUUAACAUAAACAAGUGUCUCCACGAUACCAUUCAAGUCAAGGCUCCUGAUUGAAUCCCAUUACUUCAUGGGGCAUGUAGGAUCCUGAAUU